UUGAUGCAGCAGAAUUCUGCGGAUUACAUGAAAACAUUUGAAUGGCGACGUUGGUGUGUGCGGCGUGCCGGCAGAAGACACCGCAAAUGUGAACAUUUUCCAUUUAUUCUUGGCCAAGAACCAGAAACUGACACGUUGUCUUUUCAUCCAUUCGGUGCACACAAGGACCCGGCAACAUGAGUGGGGCGGUCGUACCACAGUGGAAGAUCGCUCUUCAGCAGAAACUGGAUAAGAAAAAAGAGGAUGAAAGGCGGAAGUCGGUGGAGGAGGAAAAGCGCCGUUUGGAAGCGCUACCGCCCUGGAAGCGGUAUGGGAUGGUGCCCCAAAAUGUCAUUAUCAUCUCAGGGGGUACUAAGACAGUCAGUAAGCUGUCUACAGACUCUGACACUACCAGUGGUGAGAAGACACAAAAGGAGCCAAGUAUAAGUCAAAAUUCUCAAGUUGUGAAGACGACGACGACUAACAGAAAAGAAAGUGAAAGUAGGACAAAAAGUCCGACAAGUAUCGUGAACGUGCAGCAUCAAAUUCAUGCAAACCAUGUCAUCAGUUCUCAAAAGGAAAAUCAUUUGACCAAUCACGUUGGGGAAGACGAGACGAAUGCAGGAAAGCCGGCACCAGUUGCAGGGCGGGAGGGUGUAGAUGAAGAACAUGUUUCAUCCGUUUUGAAUAAUCCUUUCUUGAAGUUUGAUGGAGGUGCCCGGCGACGCCGAGUUUCUCCAUCAUCAAGAUCUGAUGAUAAAGGAAAAGAGGCCACUUCAAGUAGCCCUAUUACCAAAAAUGAAACCACUGAUUUCAUCAAGGUGGCUAAAAAGCAACCCGAUAAUAGCAUACGACAGCGGUCACGAUCUGAAAGCCCUCGCCGUGCUGCUAGAGAACAUAACGUGGAUCUUAAAGUGGUCGAGGAAGAUAUACCUCAAACCAGGCCCAGAAAAAAUAGCGUCAGUGACUUAAGGAGCAGAUAUGGCCGUGCUGCAUCUACUGAAGAUCUGAAAGUCGUGUCUCGUAAAGGGAGUGAGGCGGACAUUACUUCUCCAUUGUCACCACAGAGUCCAACUCACUCCCUGGACAGGAAUAUACUCUUCGAUAAGGAGCCGCACAAAGUUCAUAUCACAUAUAAACCAGAACCGUCUCGGAGCCUGUCUCCUACAUCAGCUCCAAAGGUCUCCACAACAACGAGCACAGUCACAUCCGAGAAAUUGCCUUCCACUCAACCACAAACUCAGAAAUCCACUGUUGUAAAAGACAGCACUCCCAGCAAACAAUCUGAAACAAAGUCACUUAGCUUCACGGAAUCUAAAGUUGCACCAACAUCACAAAGCGUCAAAUCCACCAAACGGCAGGCUCCAAAAGCUCCAACAACUUCAGAAUCCAGUUUGAGUACUACUACUAAGACAGACGUUACACCAACAAAAACUAUUACCUCAUCUUCUUCAAGUUCAAGUAGCAAUGCAGUGAAAUCCGUCAGUAACUCGGAGAAAAGCAAUAAGCCUUCCAACACCUUCACUAGGACCAAUGAAGCAUCACUGCCUGACCAGCCUAAGACGGCAAUUCUUGGCGACGGACAGUCAUCCUUACGCCGAAAAAAGGGAGUCAGCAAAAUGUCUGCCAGUGCCCUCAUCAGUCUUUCAAGCAAUGACUCCAAUGAAGUCCAGUUAAGCGAGCACAAUGCCCGUGUCCGUGCAGCUCGGCAAGAGGCACGUACAAGCAGCUCAAAGAAUUCAUUACGGUCAGCUAGAGAUGGUGAAUCGAGAGACACCGACAGUAUACCUAAGGGGGUGGUGUCAUCAAAUGCAUUUGGAUCGAAACUUAAAACGUCCGAGAACCAGACAAGUUCAAUGACAAAACCAAAAGAAGAUACCCCGUUCGUUGACUCUAUCCCAUACCCGGAAAAUUUCCGUCAGCCCAAGAAAGAGUCAACGUACGUCGAUCCAAUCCCGUACCCGGAAAAUUUCCGAAAGCCUAAAUCUAACAAUGAAGAGACGUCAGAGACUAAACUUGUCUCCAGUGUCAAAAAGCCAGUCAUGGAUAAUAUUCCACGGACAAACAUUGACGAAGUCAUCCUGUCGCCCAUUGAAGAAAAUGUGCCUCAGAACUUGACCAAUGGGACAGUGGAGGAGAAGGCGCCACCCAAGAAGAUCAAGAAGAAGGGAAUGGAGUGGAUCGGGUACAACACCCCCACUGGAAAACCAUCAGCGCUCAAAUCUGCCUCGAAAGCACGCAAAGUUGAAGAGAAAAAGCUGAACAUCUCCUUUAACGAGUCCAACAUGACCGAAACCUACGAGUACCAAUCCGAAACCUCGCUGCUGAACGAGUACCUGCGCGAGGAACGAGGCCUGAACGGUAACCCGCGUGUUGGUAACCUGCCACGCCAAGAGGCCAGAGACGAAGAGGAUGACGACGAUGAAGACAUCGAUUCCACGCCGUCUUCGCAGAGCGGCAUCGAUAACGUCUUAGCUCAUGAAGGUCUUCAGAAUUACACACCCAAGGAUCUGCAGAACUUCAGCCCAAUGUCAAUCAGGCAGCAGAAGCCCGAACCGCCAAAGCCCAAGGAAGAAACAGCGCCCCCACCAGCCGAGGAAGAACCGGACCCGGACGACAUUGCCAUCACCUACGACGACACGGGGGACUACUUCUCAUCAGCCGGGUCCAGCUCGGCUGCCCUUCUGUUCUGAGGUCACAGGUCAGAAGUCAAAGGUUAAGUAUAUGCAGAGGAACCAGACUGAGAUGAUCCUAGCUAGUGUGUACCUUGAAAGGCUUCCGGAGACAAUACGUGUCUUGUCAACUGUCCCGUUACAAGUGGACAACGCUUGACAGUACUUGUAUGCAAGGGAACCAGACCUUCUGAUCAAGAUGCACAUAUUGCCUAGGGGAACACAAGGAGCUAUACUUAAUAUUUCAUAAAUGUAAGGUCGGACUAUUUUUAUUCAAAAGUCGUGAUCAUGAUUAUAAUGAAUGACUGAGAUUCUUAGGAUCGUUUUAGUUAUAUCCUAACUGAGUUCAUAAAAGGUUAGUAUUUUUUGCUGCCUGACUUGUUCUUUUUUAUUUAUUGGCAAAGCGAAUUCAUGGAAUUGGGCCGGAGAAACGUGAUACUAUCCGCCCACACCAUCAUGCAUGUUUUCAAAUCAAUAUGCACCAAACGCACAUGUACAUGUCCGCAUAAGUGUGUAAAUUGCCCACAGAUGUCUUCAAGUUAAGUAUGCCGUCGAUGACGAACGAAUACAUAAGAAAUACAUACAAGUAAAUCAGUUAUAAGUUUUCUUCAGGCAUAUGUGCAUGUGUGUGAAUUUGUACAGUCGUGUGAAUGUAUAUAUUUAGCAAUGAUAAACCUUGGUGAGAUUUUAAAUGCCUUGAAAUACGUGAUGUAAAUGAAGAUUAUUUAUUAGUGGUAGCGUCUGGAUGAAGACUUUUUUUAAUAUCAACAGCAGCCUUGAAGGCUUGUCUAUUGUGAUUGCAUUUGCUGUAUUUAUCCAAGAGGAACAUUUAUCCAACAGAAGAUAUUCACCCUAACAAUUCUUCACUUUCACCCUUUAAUCGUAACAUUCCUGAAGGGAGCCCUCUGUUGGCAGUAUACAAUUUUCGGACGGCAUUGAUGUCAUGUUGUCUGCUUUAAGCCGUUUACUUUCUAUAGAGUGUCAUCAUGGCUGAAUGCAAUGCACUUGUACUUAAUGUUGAAAUGAAAUAAUUUUAAACUUUUUACAUUAUCGAUCAUUUUAAUUCUUUGUUUUUUUUUUUAAAUUUUAGACAAAUGAAAAAUUGUGUGGUGACUAAUGCAACAACUAUUGAAGUAGGGUCGCCCUGUAUAGCCUUACACUACCAGGAGGUUUGUUUAAUAGGUAACAAAUUAAGUUACAAAAGGUAACUCCCUUGUACAUGUUUAAACAGAUUAGUGAAACAGUCAUAUAUGUGUCAUGAGCAAGGUCCAUAGAUGCUCUGCUGAUAGCGUACCCUGUGUAGUCUCAAUUCAAGUCUGAUACUGCUGAUAUACUCUUGUAGGCCCAUGAGAUAUUGUACACUGCCGGGUCAUUUGUGGGUCCAGAAGUACAAUGUACAGCCUGGAAACUAGUCUAACUUCCUCGAUGUUCUUGAGGGUUCCCACGACCCCAGUCACUGGGUUAUUCAUGUUGACAUUCUUGGAACACUCAUUUUGAAUGUUAACAAUAAUGUAAUAUUUACACUGUGGAACAUGGCAUUAUGUGUACA